AUGGAUAUCAUCACAAAGCAAGUGAUCGACAUCAUUAAAGAUGCUUCGGACAGAGUUACACCAUUAAUUAGUAAGGUAAAGAGAGGGAAGAGACAUGUCUGGAAUCCUGAGAUUGCGACAGUUACCAAGGCUAAUAAAACGGCCCUGAAACAGUGGAAGGACAACGAAAAACCGACAAACGGCCCUAUUGCAGAACAAAGGCGAGUCGCUAAGAAAGAACUCCUCAGGCAUAGAAGAAUCGAGAUAGCUCAUGAAUUCAUAAAGGAUGUUAUGGAAGCAAACAGAGGCGAUAAGAAGACCUUUUACCGGCUUAUCAACAGGUUGAAAACCACACCAACGAGCACGAUUUCCGAGCUUAAGGUGGGAGACAAGCUCUACUCCAACCCGGCAGAUAUUCUACAUGGCUGGAAGGAACACUUUACAGGCCUAAUUACCCCAUCGCCACCAUCUAACCCUAUCCUGGAAAGAGAAGUGGUUCAAACUGAAUUGGACAUUGACACCAUCAAGGCUUUAUCACAAGAGCAGUGUCUGACGGCUGCAGAUAUGAUUGUUCCACGAAAUGUAGAGGAGGCCAUGGGCAAACUGAACACCAACAAAGCGGUGGACAUCUUCCACCUAACCGCGGAGCAUCUCAAGUUUGGCGGUGUUAAGAUUUCCGAUGUGCUUACUACUCUCUUCAAUCUAUUUCUGGAUCAUGGGAAAGUUCCUGACUGCUUGAAACUGGGGCAACUUGUUCCGAUCUUCAAGAAGAAAGGUGAAAAGAAAGACUCCAAGAACUACAGAGGCAUAACAGUGUUAUCGGUUAUCCUCAAAACAUUAGAAACGGUUAUACGAGCCAGUGUCCAGACUGUGUUCGAAGAUCACCAGAGCCCACUCCAGCGAGGAUUCACUAAAUGA